GUUGGGUCGGUGACGACCAGCGAAUCCCAGGUGUUGUAUGUCUUUUUGGUUUUUGUUUUUGCUGUUUUUUUGUUCUUUUGUUGGGUUUCCUUGUUUCCUUUGAUUCGGUGCUUCUUGCUGGGUAGUUCUUUUUGCUAUUUCGUGACCGUCAUGGUGCCUGCCAUGUUGGAGGGUUGUUCAUGGAUUCACUGCUUACCAUAACGGGUGGACGAAUGUAUAGCUGGCGCCUGACGUAGGUACCUUUUUCUUUUGGUCAUGUGGUGAUGAUUGUAUUUGCCCUGUUGCUCUCAUCGGCAUUCUCGUUUUCCGUUGGUUUGUCUUGUCAGCGAUGCAGUGGUUGCUGUUUCUCCAUGCAGUUGACAGAUGAAGCCAUCACCACUCCUUGGCGUUUUUUUGGCAUGGUGGAUGUGGCCAUGUGGAGCUGUGCUCUAAAUGCUCGCAAGGUCACCCCGUCGAUCCGUGAACUUUGUUUUGAGUACCACAGUCUUUCCUUCCACGUCACUUCAUCACUUUCGCUGGUUCACCAACUGAGGUUUUUUUAUGACUUGUACUUCCUCUGAACGAAAGGUAGCUGUGUCGUGACCUCACCUUUAGGGACACUAUCGGCUGUAUUCAGGGAUAGAUACUUUCCUCUUGCCCAUUGAAUUGAAC